AACCAUUUAAACUAAUACUCUCAGCAUUAUCGGACACUAUCAAUGAAGUAGGGAUGGAUCUUUCUAACUCCUUUUAAAUCUUCAUCGUCGAUGCUGUCUUGAAGAAAGAGCUUAAGAAAUAACUAGCUUCUACAUAUAUUGUGAAAAUCUACUGUGUAUCGAAUCAGGGAAGGGACAUCAGAUUCUUACAAGUAGAGAUCGCGGAAUUGGCCAUCGGGGCUUGGGUGAACUGCAAAAUAUACGAACAGUAUGUACGAUGUCGGGACUUUUGCGGUAUGGGACUAUGUCGUUUUGGCGAUAUCGCUGGGCAUCUCGGCCGGCAUCGGCAUCUACUACGGCUGCACGGGCACGAAACAGUCAACGACAAAAGAAUUCCUGCUCGCUGAUCGCAACAUGAGUCCGUUCCCGGUGGCGAUGUCGUUGAUUGCGAGUUUCAUCUCGGCGAUCACUGUUCUGGGAACGCCCUCAGAGGUGUAUCUCUACGGCUCCAUGUUCUGGCUCUUUUCGCUCUCCUACAUCGGAUCGGGACUCAUAGCCGCGCUCUUCAUGCCGAUAUUCUUUCGUCUGGGUGUCACCAGUGCAAAUGAGUAUCUCGAGCUGCGAUUCAACAAGGCGGCACGUAUUCUUGGAACUCUGGUCUUCUUCGCCCAGAUGAUCCUUUACCUUGGUAUUGUCAUCUAUGCUCCAGCACUCGCACUCAACCAAGUUACCGGUUUGAAUCUAUGGGGCUCUGUCUUUGCCAUAGGGAUUGUCUGCACCUUCUACACAACAAUCGGAGGGAUGAAAGCUGUGCUAUGGACCGAUGCUUUCCAGGUGAUGGUUAUGAUGUCUGGUUUCCUAGCCGUCAUCAUCAAAGGCUCUAUGAACAUUGGUGGGCUGGACAAGGCUUGGCAGAUAUGCGAAGAGAACGGCAGAAUCGAUUUCUGGAACUUUGAUCCUGAUCCAACUAUCCGUCAUACGUUCUGGACUAUAGUAGUGGGCGGGACCUUUACUUGGGGGAGUACCUAUGGUGUCAACCAAUCACAGGUCCAGAGGUAUCUCACGUGUGGCAAAGAGAAGACUGCUCAGCUAGCUCUGUUCAUGGCGGUCAUCGGGAUGGUGAUUGUGGUGUCAUCAGCCUGCCUGUCAGGAUUAGUCAUGUAUGCUAACUUUGUGGAAUGCGACCCCUUUACAAUGGGAUAUGUCACAUCAUCAGAUCAGCUGAUGCCUUACUUUGUGAUGUACCUGUUUGGAAGUAUGCCGGGUUUGCCUGGUUUGUUUACGUCGGCCGUCUUCAGCGCAGCGUUGAGUACCGUAUCAUCUGGUCUUAACUCUCUGGCUGCUGUCACUGCUGAAGACAUCGUAAAAACAAUCUGGCCGAAUAUAGAAGAGAAGAAAUAUACUCUCGUCACCAAGGGUUUGGCGCUAUUCUUUGGGGUUGUAUGCAUUGGUAUGACGUAUGUUGCAUCUCAGCUAGGAGGUGUCCUGCAGGCUGCACUGAGUAUAUUUGGAAUGAUCGGAGGACCUCUGCUUGGUCUGUACAGCUUAGGAAUGUUCUUCCCCUGGACAAAUUCCUACGGGGCCAUCGGGGGUACGCUGUGCGGUCUGACUUGGUCCCUCUGGGUGGGAAUAGGGGCACAGAUCUACCCCCCUGAGAUUUACAAGCCCCCUCUCUACACCGCUGGGUGCUACAAUGAGAGCCUUCUGACUACCAUGGCUAUGAGCCCAACCACCAUGAUGCCCACCGAAGAACCAAGACCGGGUAUCGCAGAGCUGUACUACCUAUCGUACUCCUGGUACAGUGGAGCUGCUUGGGCUCAGACAUGUUUCUGGGGGCUCUUGAUCAGUUUCCUGACAGGUUUCACCGACCCACGUACCAUAAACCCGGUCCUGAUCAGCCCAAUCAUUGAUCGCAUGUACUGCUGUCUACCAGAGUCAAUCAAAAAACCGCUUCGAUGUGGUGUUGGCGAGCUGUAUGUUGCAGAUGAAACCAAGGACGACACCGCGAUGGAAGUCAAGUAUGGCAACGCCGCCUACGUCGUAGAUGAACCAGACGAGGCAUACCAUUCUCAAAAUGGGGAGAACAAGCCUAAACUCAAUGGUGAUGCAAUGCCCGAGCCCAAGUUCAAGGAAGUCGGAACACAGUUCUCAAGCAACUCCGAAGACAGCAGAUUGUAAAAUAAGCAUCAUAGCUCCAACCAGGACCCCGAUUCAUAAAACCUAUUAUCUUUAUUCUUUCUUUAUUCACUUUAUUCAAUCUCACAAAUGAAUCACAUAGGCGAAGAAGACAAAAAGAACA